AUGGGUUAUCGUUCUCAAAUAGCAAAGACUAUGUUGAUAGCUUUGUUCGAAACAACAUUUUUCUUACUCAACGAUGCAGCGAGAAAUGCAAGCUUUGAUGAGAAUUAUAACGUAACUUGGGGAAACAAUCAUGUUUUGUUUCUUAAUCAAAAGAGGGAGGUUCAAUUAACACUGGAUAAAUCUUCAGGUGCUGGAUUUGCAUCAAAAUCAUAUUUUGGAUCCGGGGUUUUUCAAAUGAGAAUUAAGGUUCCAGGAAAAGAUUCCGCUGGCAUUGUUACUGCUUUUUAUUUGUUUCUAAAUACGACCGUACAUUAUGAGUUAGAUUUCGAGUUCUUGGGAGAUAGGCCAGGCAAACCGAUCCAAUUGCAAACAAAUGUGUUCUUAAAUGGUGUUGGUGGGAGAGAACAAAAGGUCAUUCUUUGGUUUGAUCCUAGUGCUGAUUUCCAUUACUACAAACUCCUUUGGAACCAACAUCAAGUUGUAUUUUUCGUGGAUGAUACACCAAUAAGGGUAUUUAAGAACAUAAAAGGCGUAGGGUUCCCUAAUAAAUCAAUGCAAGUGCUUGUGAGCCUUUGGGACGGGUCUAGUUGGGCAACUGACGAUGGCCGAACCAAGGCCAAUUAUGCCUACGCACCAUUUCAAGCCCAUUUCCAAGAUUUUAACGUGGAUGGGUGCCCGUCGCCACCCACAUAUCCAAACACAGACUGUUAUUCCCAAAAGCAUUGGUGGAACACUGGAAACUACUCGCAAUUGAACCCGCAACUACUGAAAACUUGUGAGGAUGUAAAAAAGAAGUAUAUGGAAUAUAACUAUUGUACUGAUAGAAUAAGGUACCCUAAUGGCCCUCCUCUAGAGUGUGGGUCGGGUAAAAGUUGA